UUUUCUAGGCUUACGAGAGGGAGAGAAAUGAGGCCGGGGGGCACCGUGGCUGUCCCAGGGCCACAGAAAUAAUCCCAGCGUCGCGGAGGCAGGUGCCCAGUCUCCUGCAGGUGUGGCAGGUGUGAGGCAGGUCCUGGCUGCUCUUGGCUCUGGAUCCCGACUAGCAGAGGAUUUCUAGGAUCGCUGGAGGCACAUUUCAGAGUCGCUGGGAAGCUUGGCGAGAUGCCAGACAUACCUUCAGCCUUCCUGCCCCUCCUCCUUCUCUCCAGGUUAGUUGCCCCUGUGACCUUUCGUCACCACCGCUAUGAUGACCUCGUGCGGACACUAUACAAAGUGCACAACCAAUGCCCGGACAUUACGCGGCUCUACAACAUCGGGCGCAGCGUGAAGGGGAGGUACCUCUACGUGCUGGAGUUCAGCGACCACCCGGGGAUCCAUGAGCCCUUGGAACCAGAAGUCAAGUAUGUGGGGAACAUGCACGGGAACGAGGUGCUGGGCCGUGAGCUGCUGCUGCAGCUGUCGGAGUUCCUCUGUGAGGAGUUCCGGAACCGGAACCAGCGAAUCCUGAGCCUCAUCCAGGACACGCGCAUUCAUAUCCUGCCUUCCAUGAACCCCGACGGCUACGAGGUGGCUGCCGCGCAGGGCCCAAACGCAUCUGGGUAUCUGGUUGGUAGGAACAACGCAAAUGGAGUGGACCUGAACCGCAACUUCCCUGACCUCAACACCUAUUUCUAUUACAACGAGAAGUAUGGGGGCCCCAACCACCACUUACCCCUCCCGGACAACUGGAAAAGUCAGGUGGAACCCGAGACCCGGGCCGUGAUCCAGUGGAUUCGCUCCCUAAACUUCGUUCUCUCAGCCAAUCUGCAUGGCGGGGCAGUGGUGGCCAAUUACCCAUAUGACAAGUCCCUGUUCCGAAGUCCACACCGCACCUCCAAUUCUCCCACACCGGAUGACCAGCUCUUCCAGACGCUGGCCAAGGUCUACUCUUAUGCCCAUGGAUGGAUGCACCAAGGUUGGAACUGCGGCGAUUACUUCCCAGACGGCAUCACCAACGGGGCGUCAUGGUACUCUCUCAGCAAGGGAAUGCAAGAUUUUAAUUAUCUCCACACCAACUGCUUUGAGAUCACACUGGAGUUGAGUUGCAACAAGUUUCCCCGCCAAGAGGAGCUUCAGCGGGAGUGGCUGGGUAACCGGGAAGCCUUAAUCCAGUUCUUGGAACAGGUUCACCAGGGCAUCAAGGGAAUGGUGCUCGAUGAGAACUCCAACCACCUCCCAGGGGCUGCCAUUUCUGUCAGCGGGAUCAAUCACGAUGUCACUUCAGGUGAACAUGGGGACUACUUCCGUCUGCUGCUUCCUGGUACUUACAUUGUUACCGCCAAGGCACCGGGGUAUGACCCAAAAACGGAGACUGUGACUGUGGGGCCUGCAGGACCAAAACUGGUCAACUUCCAACUCAGUCGAAGCAUGUCUCAGGUGUACCCUGCAGAGAAAGCUCCCAGCCGAGGACAGGGAGGCAGGCCAAAGCAUUCCCGGAUAACCAGAAAGAAAGACACAGCAACAAAGCGCCAUCGAGGUCCUGCCUGAGGCCCAGCCCCCACGGCCUCACACCGCGAGGACCGAGGACGGGUCCCUGCUCUCCUAUCCCAUGGCCACACUUCUCUUGUAUUAUCUGGGACAUAUUCAGACAUAGGCACAGCCAUAAGAGGUCCAAGUGUUUCUGCCUUCCCUAGGCCAGCAUUAAAGGAGUCAGAACCUUCUGGAAACUGGUGCCCCACUGUACAUGCCUCUGUAGAUCAACAUUAAAGGGGUCAGAACCUUCUGGAAACUGG